AUGCCCGAGGAUCCAUACGCUUUCUUUAAUGCACCAGCUAGACCACGUAAACUGGCACCACUUACAAAACAACGUCAUUGGCGGACCAUGAGUGCUGCAAUUAAGAACCGGAGGAUGGGAAAGCUAGCAAUUAGGCCAGAGAAUAUACCAAAGAAGAGGCUAGACGAAACUCAGAGCCAGUAUCGACUCGUGCCAGCAUCACCGGGCAACACACCCAUUCAUGAUUCAGAGGCAGAAAAUCAAUACAAUGGUCCGAGUACUUGGGACUUCAUGACAUUGGAGAUUGACAUGUCAAAUGGCAUGACAGCUAUCUUUGAUGAGCUCGAACGCUUUCGUACAUCGUUUGGUGUCCGGAUUAACUCCCUCAAACUACGAUCUGGUUUGAGAGAGACCCGAGAGGCUCUGGAACAGCUCGAGGAGCUGGCAGAUUGGAUUGACGAGGCAGAUUUGAGAUCGCAAGCUGAGGAAGAACACCAGCGGUUGUGGAAGGGUUGGUCAGAGUACGUGGAAAGAGAGAAUGCUCAGCUUAAGAUGGAGAAAGACUCAGAGCAUGGUGAGCCGACAGAAGUUCAAGGUGAUUCGCGUAGAUUGGAUUAUUAA